CCCACGGCCCUUCUCCCCUCCGCUCAUCAGCAGCGACCCGCUACCUUCUCGAUUUUGUUCGCGUCACCUUACCGGGCGCUGUCCCUUUUCUUGAUACCCAUUCUGUCGCAACCAGCUUAUUUGGUUUCUUACCUUCCAUUGUUUUUCUCUCUAUCGCCUGCGAGCAUUGGCCGCCGCGCCUUUGGACAUAGAGCCUCUUCUCUGCUGAUCCACUGGUCACCUCCACUGCCCUCAGUCGCGUAACCUGUCUACCUGCGGGAUGGCAUCUCCUCGUAAUCCCUACAACCAGGGCUACCUGCCCAAUGGCGGCGCACCUCACUCCGGCCCCGUUCCUGGGGCUGCCCCUCUGCUGCCGAACCAAGGUCGCAUCAUCCAGACAGGCCCUAUUAGAGUUCUCUGCAUUGCCGAUGUUCGAGGCAACCUUCGGUCCCUCAACGAGCUUGCCAAAUCCGCCCGCGCCGACUACAUCAUCCACACUGGCGAUUUCGGCUUCUACGACGAGACGUCUCUCGAGCGCAUCGCUGAGAAGACCCUGAAGCAUGUCGCGCAAUACUCUCCGCUGAUUUCCGAGGCAACGAAAAAGGCCAUUGCGCAAGGGGUUCCCGGCCCUGUCAAGACCCGAUUCCCGCCGAGCGAGCUUCCCCUCUCGGAGCUUCCCCUUCUCAUCAGCGGCGAGCUGAAGUUGGAGGUCCCGGUGUACACUGUCUGGGGUGCAUGCGAAGAUGUGCGGGUGCUGGAGAAAUUCCGGUCCAAGGAGUACAAGGUUCCCAACCUCUACAUCAUCGAUGAGGCGCAGUCCAUGCUGCUCGAAAUCGGCGGUGUAAAGCUUCGCCUGCUUGGAUUAGGUGGUGCCGUCGUCAUGCACAAGCUGUUUGAUAACGGUGAGGGGCGGACAACGAUUGCCGGUGGCCAGGGAACCAUGUGGACGACCCUGUUGCAAAUGGGCGAGCUCGUUGACACCGCGAAUCGCGUUUACGACCCGACUGAGACUCGCAUCUUCAUUACACACGCCUCGCCGGCUCGCGAGGGCAUUCUGAACCAACUCUCGGUGACUCUCAAGGCAGACUUCUCUAUUUCGGCAGGCCUCCACUUCCGAUAUGGAAGCUCUUACAACGAAUUCAGCGUCAACCCUACCCUGGAUCACUACCGCGGGAAGCUUGCGGCGUCGAAGGCGUCCUUCAACGAUGUGUGGGAAACUGUAAAGGGAGAGGUCGAGCCGGCUAUCCAGCAGAACGAGGCCCAGCAAAACCUGCUUAAGAAUGCACUCGGAGUUGUUGAGAAGAUGCCCACUACUGCUGCUGGCGGCAAUCCGUUUGGUGGCGCAGCUGCCGGCCAAUCGGCGGCUGCUCUUGGCCAAGUGGAUGAGAGCGCUUUCAAGAACAUGUGGAACUUUAACCUGGCGGAUGCUGCCUUUGGUUGGCUGGUUCUGGAAAUCCAGGACGGAAGAAUUGGCACAGAGAUGCGUGCUCAAGGUUUCAAUUUCUCGCACCGCGGCGCAAAGCAACAAACCGGAGUUCCGUCUGUGCCCGUCACCGCUGGCACAAGCCCAGUCGGCACUGUGCCUCCUGCUGCGCCAUCCGGAGCUACUCCCGCUCCCGCGGCAAGAGCUCCCCCCGCCCAGCCGGCCAAGUCGGCUUCUACGACACCUGCACCAGCCCAGGCCAAACCUCCCACCCCAGCCCCAGCCCCGGUACCUACCCCUUCGCCCGCGCCUAAGGAGGAGAAAUCGUCGGCCAGUAACGGAGCUGGGAACGCGCCCGAGGCGGCUCCAUCUCCCGCACCCAGGAAUCCCGCGGACAACAUCAUUGGUCUGUUUGUCAUGAAUGCGCAGAGCGAUGAGCAGGUCCGUGAUCUCUUCGCCGAUGAGGACAAGGCCAAGAUCCUCAAGAUCGAGAAGUGGGGCGCGAACAACAAAGUGGCACAAUUCAAAACGACAGAAGAUCGAGACGGUGCGAUGGAGCGUCUUCCUGAUGAAGUGAAGAACCGAGCCCCCGGCCAGGAAGACCGCUCAAAGCCGCUGGUGAAGAUCUUCCAGCCGCCUGCCCGACAGUUCUCACGUGGCGGCGCUGGUAACUGGGGAAGCAGCCGGGUUGGAAGGGACGGCUCUAGCUCUCAGAGCGGAUACCGGAGCGCUGGCGGCGGCGGUGGUGCUAGCGACAGCGAGGGUGCUGGUCGGCGCGGCGGCCGUGGCGGCGGCCGUGGCGGCCGGGGUGGGGAGCGCGGACGGGGGUCACGGGGACAGCGGGGCGGUAUGAGGGGCGAGGGCGGAGGAGCCAGCCCGGCUGCGCCCGCGGAUUCGUAAUGGGAUGGCCCUCAUACAAGAAACCCAGCAGCGGAUGGACAGACUCAAACACACCCUUCGAAUUCCUACACGUGCUCACGUCAUCACAACCAUGGCCCACUUUCUAUUGGGCCCACUUCCGAUCAGGACUUUCAAACGCGAGCCCAGAAGCGCUUAGACUCCUCCACGAGCGUGCUUUGCUCUGAUGAUCCGACACCGUCCAACAAACCGCCCGACCGCACCUCUUUUCCAACCUUCGUGAUACUUGAUCCGGGGCCUGUUAUUACUAGGGCCAACUGAUCCUCCCCUUUUACCUUUUCUUCUUCCUUCUUCCGGAGAACCGAGGCGAUGAUGGCGGCUUGGCAGGGGUUUUGGGGGAAAGGGGAAUCUGGCUUCUUUGUGCCUUAGCUUUUCUCUCUCAAAUUAAUUCAGUUCCUCAGG